AUGUCUUCUAGCUCAAACGGUCUCGUUGCUCCCAUCAAGGGAGAGCACGCAAUAGCUGCAAAUCUAAAUUGCUUCUACUGCAAUAACCUGCAGUUCGUCCUCAACUUGAAAGCGCCACACAGGAGAAAGCCCCUCACCGCCUACAGGAUGCAAACCCGGGGGAAUCCCGAUGAUUACUUCGUUAUCGUUCCUACUCGAUAUCUUCUCCGCGAUGGCUGGAGCCCCAGAAAUGACCAGGGGCUUCAAGACUGCCGGUAUUGCCAGUUCCUUCAUGACACUCUCAACCUCUUCUUUGUAGGGCCCUCUAUGAACUGGAUUAAAGAUUCCAUGUACGGAUGGGAUGGCCUUAUUAUGGCUCACGUCAGAAAAGGCUUUCCGCUUGUUCUUCACUGCCAAGAAGCCAUCAGGCGUGACUGCAGAUGGAUCAACCUGCGAGCGGAAAUCGAAGUCUUCUGUCACGACCGGAGCGCACUAUCAACCUGUGACUUCCCCAGCAUGUAUCUGGCGCUGCCAGAGCAGGAAGAAAUUGUGGAUGACAGAGCAUUCAAGAGCUUUAUGAGUUUGAACGCACAAAACUGUCGGGUUGCCCCCAACCACAUGGGCGGUGAUUAUGUCAUUCCCAAUAAACUGCUUCACAUCAACUGGAACGCCCGGGAGAUCAAGCUGCAGCACUCGCCCCAAGGGCCUCCAGGGGCGCCAGGGGCGCCAGAAAUGGUGUCGUAUGCGACUCUGAGUCAUUGUUGGUCAGAGACCGAUCCAAAAUUCCCAAGGCUUCUGAAGUCCAAUAUGCGGAACUGGUUGGCCGGCAUCCGUAUUGAUGACCUGCCACCGGCCAUUCAUGAUGCCGUCGAAGUUGCGCACAGGAACAACGUUCACUAUCUCUGGAUAGAAUCAUUGUGCGUAACGCAGGACGAUGAUAUGGAUGUUCAGGUGCAAAGGCCGUAUAUUGGUGGUUAUUUCAGAGACUCCGCCGUUACUAUUGUGGCGGCUUCUUCAGCUUCGCCCAAAGACUCGUUCUUAUUCCCUCUUAGAAAGGAUUGGAUCACAAAGCAGAUUGAAUUCAUAGCCCCUUCUGGUGGCACUGCCACCAUCAACCUACGCAGGAGAUAUUCCCGCCAACUCUCUCCUCUCGACGCCAUCGAUGAAUCGUCGCACAAAUCUGAGCACUAUUCCUUCCGGAGAACCGGACCACUCUACCGUCAACAGCGCUGCUACCAGGAAGCCCUCCUAGGAACAAGAGUCGUCACGUUUACGUCGGCUGCAAUCGAUGUAAACUGCCGGCGGCAUAACCAGUGUACAGGAGGUGGCUUCACUCCCGGGAAUCAGAGGAUGAAUGUCUUUGGCGGCUUGGUGUGUGCAUACGAUGACCCAGCACUUUACAAAAAACGUCUUGCCAAACGUGCUGAGACCAAUCCUUUUGAUAGCAUGCUAUACACGGGUCAAAGGCGAGAGGAUACUGCCAUGUGGCUCCAGGCUGUGAUGCAGUAUACUGCGCGCGACAUGACCGUCAGCCCCAAAGACAAGUUAUCUGGCAUCGCUGGGCUGGCCAGCAUGACCUCGAUGUGUCGGCAGAAAACCCAGUAUCUUUCAGGCCUUUGGAUGAGCAAUCUGCAUGAAGGGCUUGUUUGGGAGGUAAGAUUGCGUCCGGGACAGGCAAGUGCCACCAGAAUCACGUUUCCGUUCAAGAAUCAAAAGGCGCCGAGUUUCUCCUGGGCCUCUGUCGAUGCUGGGGUUCAUUACCCGGAGCCGUGGAACGGGUACUUCGUGCCCGAUGCCACAAUAAAAGCAACUUGCGCCUUGAACGACAUUCAAGACCCUUUCAAUGACGUUGAGGGGGGUUAUCUCAAGCUGCGAGGCCGCGUUAUGAGAUGCGAAGUUAGCCAGACGCUCUCGGGUCCCACCGUCGGAGCAAAGGGCAAGUUGAGCGUUGCCCAUUUUAGCAUGGAGGAAAAAGAAGAUGGCGUCAAAAUCGUCAAGACAAAACACGUCCCUUUUGUCGCCGACGGCUCGCUCCUCAUGGUUAAGAAUCGAAAAUGGAGUCGAGAGCACUCACGCAAGGAGGCAGCUUGUUCAAACUGUGUCUGUCGCAUGACCGAGGAGCGCAAGCUGGUAUCCGAACCAAUCUCCUGUGCCUGGCGCAGUGUUCCCUACUUGACUCGCAACCACUGCGGAUUUCGCAAAAAGGAGCCAAAACAUGGUCAGAAAAAGAUUUCUGGGACCGCCUACGUAUUGUGUCUUGGAUGGAGGACGAGAAUGGACCUCGGCCUUGAUUUUGCUCGCCACGAGCAUAGGUCUUUUGAGGGGCUGGUGGUGACGCCUUCACUGCGGUAUCCGGGAGCUUAUGAGCGCAUUGGUUGCAUCAGAAACAUUCCCGCGGCGGCAUAUAAAAAGUGCGAGCAAUUGACUAUUACUAUGGUGUGA